AUGCCAUCAAAUGAGUAGUUUAAAGCUAUAUCUUAGGUAAUUAAUUAAUCUUUUUAUUUUUUAAUUUUCUUACAUUUUAUCUAUUUUUUAAAUUUAUAUUUAAUAUUUGUUAAUUUAUUUUCAUUUUUUUUGUAUUAUUAUUCGAAAUUUAAAUUAUUUUAUUUUAUUAUUAAUUAGCAAUAAUGGUUUAAAUUUAGAAGCAGUUUAAUUGAUUGCAUAAUCAUUAUAAAACUGUUAGAAUCUCACUCAGUUAACUCUUUAUCUUAACUCAAAUAAUUUAAACGAAUAAUCGGCAAAAUAUCUUGCAUAAUUCUUAGAAAAAUCUUAAAGUCUUACAAAAUUAGAUUUAGGCCUUAACAAUAAUAGUUUGAAUUCAGAAGCAGUUAAAUAUAUUACAUAAUCAUUAUAAAACUAUUAGAAUCUUAUUCAGUUAACUCUCUCUCUUUGGUCAAAUAAUUUAAAUGA